AUCUGCACUCUCAAAAUGCAUCCAUUGCAAAAAAAGACCUUGAAUAAAGACAAAAAAGAAAAAAAAAUUAAAAGCCCAAAGCAAAACAACCCUGAGCAAAAUCAAUUGCCUGAGAAAUGAGAGAACAUUCUGCCAGGCUCAUCUUCGUGCCUGCGCAUAGAACAACAAAGAAGCAAACAUUUUGCUUUCCCGUAUAGAUAAACACACGUGAAACGGAGUGGAACAAAUUAAUGUUUUGAAGCCACGAGAUCUACAGUCAAGGCCAUCGGGGAACGGAGGUGGUGACAGGAGGAGAAACACGAGGGACAAUCGAUUACAGACGAGCAGGAUUAUCAAAUGAAGACCUCUGGAAGUGACACGGCUGUCAUAGUUUUGACACCCAGCUGAUUAUCUGCAGAUGGUGGAGCGACAUCGGCGUGUUCUGAUGAGGGCAAAGGGCCAAAAGCAAUCUGUGAGAUAUGUGCUUCUGUAUCGGCUUUAAUGCAAACUGACAUUGAAAUGACAAUAUUGAUGAACCAGUCCCACAGGAGCCUGAACACCAUGUGGCGAUGUGUUUGUGCAAGUGAAAGUUGUUCCAAAGGCUUUCUGAAUUCCGAGUGACAUGGCUGGCGGUCCCAAGAAGCUUGCCGCUCUUGUGUCGUGUGUAUGGGUAUUCCUAAUGCUCCUCGAACCCAGCCUUCAGAACGGGGCCGUAGCAGGGCACCGAGAGCCUCUUCCUGAUGACAGCAAAGACAACAUCACCAUUUUUACUCGAAUUCUGGACCGCUUGCUGGACGGCUACGACAACAGGCUGCGCCCUGGUUUAGGAGAGAGCGUGACUGAAGUUCGAACCAACAUCUACGUCACCAGUUUCGGACCGGUAUCAGACACAGACAUGGAAUACACCAUUGAUGUGUUCUUCCGACAGAGCUGGAGAGAUGAGAGGCUAAAGUUUGACGGCCCCAUGCAGGUUCUCCCACUCAACAACCUUCUGGCCAGCAAGAUCUGGACUCCUGAUACCUUCUUCCACAAUGGGAAAAAGUCUGUGGCUCACAACAUGACGACUCCUAAUAAACUCCUGCGGCUGGUGGACAACGGGACCCUGCUGUACACCAUGAGAUUAACUAUUCACGCUGAGUGCCCCAUGCACCUGGAAGAUUUUCCCAUGGAUGCUCAUGCCUGCCCGCUCAAGUUCGGAAGCUAUGCGUACACCAACAACGAGGUGGUCUACAUCUGGACCGCAGACGAUGAGAAGUCGGUGUCUGUGGCUCCAGACGGCUCCCGUCUCAACCAGUAUGACCUGCUGGGACACGUCAUAGGCAAAGAGACCAUCAGCUCCAGCACAGGAGAAUAUGUGGUGAUGACAACUUAUUUUCAUCUGAAAAGGAAAAUCGGCUAUUUUGUCAUUCAGACGUAUUUGCCCUGCAUCAUGACAGUCAUCCUUUCCCAGGUCUCGUUCUGGCUGAACCGGGAGUCGGUGCCGGCUCGUACUGUCUUCGGAGUCACGACCGUUCUGACCAUGACCACGCUAAGCAUCAGCGCCAGAAACUCUCUUCCCAAAGUGGCCUACGCUACAGCUAUGGACUGGUUCAUGGCCGUGUGUUACGCCUUCGUCUUCUCCGCCCUCAUCGAGUUUGCCACCGUCAACUAUUUCACCAAGCGCAGCUGGGCCUGGGAUGGUCAGAAGGAGAUCCAGGACCUGAGGAGAAACGAUUCAGUGACUUUCUCCAAAAAGACCAACAACACCUUUAACAUCGUAGGCACCACCUACCCGAUGAGCGUCGGGAAAGAUCCUGGACUCACCACCAUCGCCAAGAGCGCUUCCGGCACCGCCUCGGCCCCCACCCAGACCCAGACCCAGACCCAGCCAGUCCGAGAGGUACGUCUCUCCAGAAUGGACGGCGAGUACAUCUGCGAAGGCGUCAAGAAGUCCUACAACCGCGUCAGCAAAGUGGACAAGAUCUCACGCAUCAUCUUUCCUGUGCUCUUCUUCAUCUUCAACCUGGCCUACUGGGCCACUUACGUCAACAGGAAGCCGACCAUCAGGAGGUCCAACACGCAAAACUAAACCUAACAUAUAUACAUAUAUUAAGAAAAUGUAAA